CAAAAAAAGAAAAAAAUGGCUGGCGUUGAUAAUGGGAUGUCCAAGGAGGAGGGAGGAGGGAAGCGCCGUGAUUGAAGAAUAAGGAAACAAACUAACACGAAGACGAAGACAGAAGCUUUAUCAGAUUUGCAGACAAAAACAAAAAGUGAAAGUCUUUGAAGCUGCUCUGCUUUUCAUUGGAUCUGAUUUGUGAGAAUGGAGGAAGCUAGCUCCUCCUCUAUAGACUCGAUUUUGGAGUUUCUGCGGAAGAAUCGUUUCAUGAGAGCUGAAGCUGCUUUGAUUAGUGAGCUUUCCAAUAAUAACUCUAGCUCGAAUGGUGUGAGCAAGGUCUUUGAUAAGAAGCAAGGCCGAGACAAAAGCCAAGUCUCUGAUGAAUUGGUUGUCAAAGAGAUACAAUGUGGAGCAGCUGCCACUGAGAGUCAUCAUCAUCAUAUGAAUGAUGUUUCUGUUCAGACACAAAGUCCCUCUGGUGCUAAUAACUCAUUCUAUGAGGAUAGGUUCACUUUUUCUGAAAGUUUAGUAGAUACUGAGCUUGAUUUACCUCCUUGGAACCAUGCUGACUCUGAGGUGUACAGUAUUGAUCCAAGUGUAAGAAGGAGCUCAAAGCCAUCGAGUCAUGAAAAGGUUACUAAAAGUAAUAAUGCGGUUGUGGAAGAUAUCUUCUCUCCUUAUGAGAUGAAACGGAACCAGGUAUCUCAGUAUGACCAUGGCAAAGCAUCUCAAUCCUUGGAAGCUGAUAGUAUGGCUGCGAUACAAGAAGGAUUUAUCACCACGUCAUGGCCGAGAAGCGAAGAGGGCGUUGGUGUUUCAUCAGACCAUUGGAAGGAUUGUUCUGUUACAACUGUUUAUCCAUUGUCCAAAGGAAGCACAUCAAUGAAGGAUAUCGGUGUACCAGUUUUAGACAAAAGGCAAGGGAAGAAAAAGGUUGGCGCGAAUGAUUCAAAGGUUGUUAUUAAGGAGGAGGAAGAUGAUGUAGCAACAGCUCCAUACCUUGGAAAGUCACAUUCUGGCUAUGAAUAUAAGAAUCUUAGCGGCUUUGCGUUUUCGAUGUCCCAUGAUGGUACGAGGGAAGACUUACCAAGGCUGCCGCAUGUAAAAAUCAAGUCAGAGGAUAAAUCAAUGAACUAUACUUCAGAUGAUAAACAUGAGCGAGAUGUGUUGGACGAGAAGCUGAUCAAUACUGAGAAUGGUUUCCUUAUAGGCUCUUAUCUAGAUGUUCCUAUUGGACAAGAAAUCCAUUCAUCAGGUGGCAGAAUAGGUGGUGGAGGAAACUGGUUGUCUGUAAGUCAGGGACUAGCAGAAGAUGCAUCUGACUUGAUAUUUGGAUUUGGCAAUGGAUUAGGUGAUCUCACUGGACACUCAAAUGAGUAUUGGGACUCUGAUGAAUAUGACGACGAUGACGAUGUUGGUUACAUUAGGCAACCAAUUGAGGAUGAGGCCUGGUUUUUGGGUCAUGAAGUUGACUAUCCUAGCGAACAUGAAAAAGGCACAGAGCAUGAAAGUGUUCCUGAUACUCAGGAUAAAAGUCAAACCAAGAAUGAUGAUGAACGUUCAUUUGCUGAGGAGGAUUCUUAUUUCUCCGGUGAACAAUACGUGCUAUCAAAAGGCGUUGAGCCAGUUACAGCUUUAGAUGAUCCGAUGGGUCUUUCAGUGACUGAAACAUACAGCAGGACCAAGGGACCUGAUUUAGUUGCUCGGUAUGACGGGGAAUUGAUGGAUGCAACGGAGCUGAAUUUGAUGCGAGCUGAACCUGUAUGGCAGGGACUUGUCACACAUGAAAAUGAUGUAGUCUUGUUGAACCAAGGGAGAGGCGAGGAUAACGGUGGUAGAUUCUGUUCAAAGGAUAUCCGUGCAGAAGAUGAUAGAAAUGCUGCAGUUAGGUCAAUUGGUGUAGGAAUCAGUGAUGAUGUUGAUGACAAUGGGAGUAUAGUACCUGAUUUUUUUCCUGGAGAAGGUAGUGAUUGGGACCUGGAGCUCCUUCCUCAUCGCCAAGUUGGAGCUGCUGGUGUCAAGCCUCCACCUGGUAAAGGUGCAACAAGUAUGCAGCUAAAAAGUUUUACAAAUGGUGGGUUCUCCUUUCCUUCUCCAGUACCUGAUGGACAAAUCUCUCAUGAUGACUCUACAAACCCUGUAUGGUCAAACCCUGCUGUGAGAAAUGAUAGGGAUGGCGAGAAGGUUGCAAGUUCAAGAAAUUCUUCCCCAUCUGCACUCUCCCAGAGUUCGUAUACAGGGAGAGAGCAUUGCAAGGAAGAAGAUGAGGAAGAAACUAGUCCAGGGCAGGAAGAAGAUCCUGGGACCUCGUUUGAGGAUGAAGAUGCAAUCGUUGUCCAAGAGCAAGUAAGACAGAUUAAAGCCCAAGAGCAGGAUUUUGAGACCUUCAACCUGAAGAUUGUUCACAGGAAAAACAGGACUGGUUUUGAGGAGGAUAAGAACUUCCAUGUGGUUUUGAAUUCUGUCAUAGCUGGUCGUUAUCAUGUCACUGAGCAUCUUGGAUCAGCAGCUUUUAGCAAAGCAAUACAAGCACAUGACCUCCACACAGGCAUUGAUGUCUGUGUAAAGAUCAUAAAGAACAACAAAGACUUUUUUGACCAGAGCCUUGAUGAGAUCAAACUUCUCAAGUAUGUCAAUCAGCAUGAUCCAGCUGACAAGUACCAUCUCCUUAGACUGUAUGACUACUUCUACUUUCGGGAGCACUUGUUAAUAGUAUGUGAACUUCUCAAGGCAAACUUGUAUGAGUUCCAAAAGUUUAAUAGAGAAUCAGGUGGAGAAGUUUAUUUCACAAUGCCAAGAUUACAGUCAAUUACCAUCCAAUGCUUGGAAGCAUUGAACUUUCUGCACGGUCUAGGACUUAUACACUGCGACUUAAAACCUGAAAACAUACUUAUCAAAAGCUACAGCAGAUGCGAAAUCAAAGUUAUUGAUCUAGGAAGUAGCUGUUUUGAAACGGAUCAUCUUUGCUCUUAUGUCCAGUCUAGGUCCUACCGUGCUCCAGAAGUCAUCCUUGGGCUUCCAUAUGAUAAAAAGAUCGACAUUUGGUCACUUGGCUGCAUUUUGGCAGAACUGUGUUCCGGAAACGUUCUUUUUCAAAAUGAUUCUCCGGCUACUUUGCUUGCAAGGGUCAUCGGUAUAAUCGGAUCCAUUGACCAACAAAUGCUUGCAAAAGGACCUGAUACAUGCAAGUACUUCACCAAAAAUCAUUUGUUAUACGAGAGGAACCAGGAGAGUAACAAUUUGGAAUACCUGAUACCUAAAAAGUCAUCGCUAAGGCGUAGACUGCCAAUGGGUGACCAAGGCUUCAUAGACUUUGUGGCACAUUUGCUCCAAGUUGAUCCAAAGAAACGCCCUUCUGCAUCUGAGGCUCUUAAACAUCCAUGGUUGACUCAUCCCUACGAACCCAUAUCUCCAUGAUUGUGUGGUUGUUAGACAGCUUCAUGGCCAAAAGUCCAGAAUGGAUGAGAGCGAGGCAAGGAAGAAGAUGAACGGUUUGUUUUUUCCCCCCUUUGUUCUUGUUGAAACUCUUCUGAGAGGCAAAAUCUUUCAGACAUUGUUGUAUAUUAAUAUGAUGUAUGACUAUUUCCUCAUUUUGUUGUACUGGUAGUUUGUGCAAUAUAGUCUCUUUGAAUUUGAUUUUUCACUGGUUAACCAGAGUGAACAAAUGUACAACCUAUUGAUCAAGUCUCAAAC